AUAGCCAUGGCUUGCGGAGGGUUCUCCAUGGGCUGGACGUCGCCAGUGACCCUCAAGCUUACGGACGCGAACAUGACGGACACACCUCUGCCAAGGCCCAUCACUGUGGCCGAGGAGGCGUGGAUUGGCUCCGUUCUGUCCAUUGGUGCUAUCAUUGGUGCAAUCAUAGCUGGUCCAAUUGCCGCCCGCAUCGGGCGUAAAUCGGCCAUCAUCUGCGCCACCGUGCCCCUUCUCGCGGGCUGGGUGUUCGUGGCCGCAUCUCCCACAGUUUACUACAUAUACGUCGGCCGCAUCCUCUGGGGUACAGGCAUAGGCAUGCUGUUCACGGCUGUGCCUAUGUACAGUGCAGAGAUUGCUACGAAUGAAUGGCGUGGUGCCCUCGGCUCAUAUAUCCAAGCGUCCAUCACCCUGGGCGUCCUAUCGAUGUACUCUAUCGGGCCCUACUCCUCGUACCUCACCGUCGCCUACGUGGGGCUGGCCAUGCUCGUGGCCUUCAAUGUGAUAUUCUUCUUCAUGCCUGAGACACCCUUUUACCAUCUCACUAAAAAUGACCGUGAGUCCGCCGCCAAAUGCCUGAUGGCGCUCCGCGGGCAGACCCGCGCCGGCGUGGAGGCCGAACUCGACAUUAUGGCCACUGACGUCGCUGCUUCCAUGUCAAAGACCGCCACGAUUGCUGACGUGUUCCGUGGCAGCAACUUCAAGGCGUUCUAUAUCUCCAACGCGCUGAUCUUCUUCCAGCAGUUCUGCGGCAUCAAUGCGGUGAAUUUCUACAUGAACACCAUCUUUGAGGCUGCUGGCGCUAACCUGGACUCAUCUGUAGCUUCUAUCAUUGUGGGAGUUGUGCAGAUGUUUGCGUCGUGCGUGACGCCUUUUGUGGUGGACAGGUGGGGUCGUAAGGCGCUGUUGCUUUCCUCUUCGUGCGGCACAACUAUUGCCUUGGCGUGCCUCGGCCUAUUCUUCCUGCUGAAAGAACAAAACAGUCCAGUAGUGGAUUCCAUUGGCUUCUUGCCCAUCGCGUCGCUGAUGCUGUUCAUGGCGUCAUGCUGCACGGGGCUCGGGCCAGUACCGUGGGCGGUCAUGUCAGAAGUUUUCCCCAUUGAAGUCAAAGCCGUCGCGGCGCCUAUUUGCACAGCUUUCUGUUGGAUUCUGGUCUUCUUUGUCACUGGAUACUUCGGUCCAGUCUCGGACGCGCUGGGCAUGUACGUGGCUUUCUGGAUCUUCGGCGGCUGCUGCGUGGCGGCCUUCUUCUUCGUGCUGUUCUGCUUGCCCGAGACCAAGGGCAAGAGCUUCUCGGAGAUCCAGGAGAUACUGGCUGGGAAAAAAUCAAAUGGAAAGGCAUAAUCGUUCACCGAGCAACAUUCCUACAGCACAAACAUGUAACAGACUGCAAUGUUAAUAGGGAAUAUUACGCAAAACAAAACUAAAGAGGGCGUCACUAGCACAACCACAGGGCCUUCCGCGAAACACGUAAAUCGAAAGUUCGGUUUCUGCCUCUCUAUCACUCUUGCAUAUUCGAUCGAUAGAGAGGCAGAUAACGAAAUUUCGAUAAUCGCGUUUCGCGGUUGGACACCUGUAAACAAACCCGCCUUGAUGCAUCAAUGUCAUAGUGAAAACUUGUCAAAAUAGUAUUUUAUACAAUCGUGAUAUAAUAGAGUGCUUUUCAGUCGAGUACCGUGUUUAAGCAACGAAGCUUGCUGAGUACGAGGUACGAGAUUGAAAAGCUUGAUUAUAUCACUAUUGUAUACAAUACUUUUUCUACGAGACAAAAAAAUAAUACUUUCAACUAGUAGAAUCAUAUACUUGUAAACAAACUUAACAAACCAAAAGUAUACAGCUAAGAUACGCGAGCUGCCGCAGCCCGCGAUACCUUCAUACUCGCACGCGCCCCGGCCGCCGGGCCCGGCGCCCCCGGCGGGUUGGUCAACGACACCUCCUCGUAACUCAUGAGGCCCUGGUACCUGCUCCGCGCUAAAUUCAAUUUUAAGACAGUUUUUUUCUCGAUUUUGGCCACCGUAGCCUAUGGAGGCUAACAAGCAACGCUAAGCGGUUUUCGUAGGAUAUGGAUGUUGCUAUAUGAAGGGUGUCACAUGCGCGUUUAUGACUUAUGAAGCAAUUGUUGGCCAACCAAUCACAAAGCAGAUACGACGCAGCAGCGUGUUUAAGUAGACUAAUUUGCAUUGAAUUGAGUCUCCUUAAACAAGAAAUAUUUUACUGAAAUGUAUGAAGUUCUAUUUUUAAAUUUUUUAUAAUUGACUAAACCGUAUCGAUAAAAUUCUUAUGCUUGAGUCGGAAGUGCCAAAGACUAUCCAACGUUGAAAAGAGUAAGGUUGUAGUGUUGCAUGUGAAGUCGUACACAGAUUAUACUCGACGAGUAGAAAAAACAUUUUUAGGCAUAGUAUGUAUAAGUUAGUCUAUGAUUUAGUAUGUGCACUAGUGCUGCACUCUGGCGGCAGAACAUUACAAUAAUAUUCCCUAUUCUACAAACUUCAUAAUGAAGUCUGUUCUAUUUUAAGAAUUAGCAGUGUAUAGAGUUGUAAUAAUGUAAUAACGCUAGGAACUAUCUAGGAACCCUUUGGCUGCCAAAGACGUCAACUGACGCUCGCUCAAUAUCAAUA